AUGCAUGGUAGGGGAACCGAGCACCCACCCACCCCCUGUUUGGUUUGCUGGUCGCUUUCCCCGCUAGUUGGCCGGAGCUGCAUCGGACAUGUCUCUGUCUUUCUGUGGCAACGAUACGGCCACCGCAUACAACGUCGACGGCGGCAUCUUAAACAACGGCUGCUUCGUGGAUGCUCUCAAUCUGGUCCCACACGUCUUCCUACUUUUCAUCACUUUCCCGAUCUUGUUCAUCGGUUGGGGAAGUCAAAGUUCAAAGGUUCAGAUCCACCAUAACACGUGGCUACAUUUCCCUGGACACAGUUUUCGAUGGAUCCUGACAUUUAUACUUCUCUUUGUCCUUGUCUGCGAGAUCGCAGAAGGGAUGUAUUCUAACGGGAAAAUGGACACACACCACCUUCACCUCUUUAUGCCGGCAACCAUGGGAUUCAUCGCUGCCACCGCAUCCAUCAUUUACUAUCAUAACAUCGAAACGUCCAACUUCCCAAAGUUAUUAUUAGCUCUGUUUAUCUACUGGGUCCUGACUUUUAUCACAAAGUCCAUUAAACUGGUGAAGUACUAUGAUCAUGGUGUCAGCACGUCCCAGCUACGGUUUUGCAUCACCCUUAUAUUGGUCUUCCUUUACGGAUCGCUGAUGGCUGUAGAAAUCAGUGUGAUUAUAUUCAGGAAGUAUGUGUUUUUUAACACCCCGAAAAAAGUGAAACCUCCGGAAGACCUGCAAGAUCUGGGAGUGAGAUUCCUGCAGCCGUUUGUCAACUUACUAUCGAAAGCUACCUACUGGUGGAUGAACGCACUCAUCGUUGCAGCACACAAGAGGCCAAUCGAUCUCAAGACCAUCGGCAAGCUGCCCAUAGCCACCAGGGCUCUCACCAACUACAUGUUACUGAAGGAAGCUUGCGAAGAGCAAAAGAAAAACGAGGGUGUGCCGGGGAGACGCUCUCUAUCCAUCUGGCGAGCCAUAUAUAGAGCGUACGGCCGUCCCAUCCUCCUCAGCAGCACAUUCCGCUACCUGGCUGACCUCCUGGGCUUCGCUGGCCCUCUCUGCAUCUACAAAAUUGUCGACCAUCUCAAAAAGAACGACACGGGUAACAAAACGAUGGACAGUGUUCUGGAAGGAGCUGGCCCUGCGGACAAAGUAACAUUUCAGGACGUCUAUUUUCUGUCAUCGAAGGAAUCCUUGGAGAACGCAUAUGUUUUGGCAGUGUUACUCUUUCUCGCACUCAUUCUACAGAGAACAUUUUUACAAGCCUCAUACUAUGUGGCCAUUGAAACCGGCAUCAAUCUACGUGGAGCCUUACUGGCUAUGAUCUACAAUAAGAUUCUGUGUCUAUCCACCUCCAAUAUGUCAAUGGGAGAGAUGACUUUGGGCCAGAUCAAUAAUCUUGUUGCCAUUGAAACCAACCAGCUGAUGUGGUUCCUGUUUCUUUGCCCUAAUCUCUGGGCCAUGCCAGUCCAGAUUAUCAUGGGCGUGAUCUUGUUGUACUACAUGCUGGGGAUUAGCGCGCUGAUCGGUGCGUCAGUCAUAGCGCUGCUUGCUCCUCUACAAUACUUCAUUGCAACCAAGCUCGCCUACGCACAGAAAAGUACGCUGGACUACUCCACGGAAAGACUGAAGAAUACCAACGAGAUCUUGAAAGGCAUCAAACUCCUGAAGCUCUAUGCCUGGGAGCAUAUCUUUACCAACAACGUGGAGAUGACAAGAAUGCAAGAAUUGACCAGUCUCAAGAGCUUUGCUCUCUACACAUCCUUAUCCAUGUUCAUGAAUGCCGCAAUACCGAUCGCAGCAGUGUUGGUGACAUUUGUGUCAUACUCAUACUUCAACUCAUCGAACCUGUCCUCUGCCGUAGCCUUUGCCUCAUUGUCCCUUUUCAACAUCUUGGUGACCCCACUAUUUCUGCUCUCCACUGUGGUCCGAUUCACAGUCAAAGCACUGGUCAGCGAACAAAAGUUGAACGUAUUUUUAACAAGUGACGAGAUUUCCAACGAUGGAUUCCGGGGGGCCGACACCUCACUGAAUGGAGAAACGUGCAAAAAACAUUCAGGAGUUCACACCAAGGCCUUCCAUAGAAGACACGCCCUGAAGGGGCAGCUGGAAGGAUAUGAACAGCCAUUGCGGAGAUACAUACGGCCCAAGGAGACUGAAGAUGUGGUGGUCAAGGUCACCAAUGGUUCAUUUUCUUGGGGCAGUAGUGUGGUGAAUCUUUCAGAUGUCAGCAUUAGAAUUCCAACAGGCCGACUGACAAUGAUAGUCGGGCAGGUGGGAUGUGGGAAAUCUUCCCUUCUCCUCGCCACCCUUGGAGAGAUGCUGAAACUUUCUGGCCAUGUGUACUGGAGCAAGGAACCAGAAAACGAGAUGAACCAAGAAACGUCAUGGAGUGCACAUGAAAUUGAGCCCGUGUUGGAAGCGACUGUGAGAACACGAAAUUCUGUGGCUUAUUCAGCUCAGAAGCCUUGGCUACUGAACACAACCGUGGAGGAAAACAUCACAUUCGGGAGUCCUUUUAUAAAACAAAGAUACAAAGCCGUCAUUGAUGCCUGCUCACUUCAGCCCGACAUAGACCUCUUACAAUUUGGAGACCAAACUGAAAUCGGAGAGAGGGGGAUUAACCUGAGCGGAGGUCAGAGGCAGAGAAUCUCGGUGGCUCGAGCCUUGUAUCAAGACACCAGUACAGUGUUCCUGGACGAUCCAUUCUCUGCCCUGGAUAUUCACCUUAGCGAUCACCUCAUGCAGGAGGGAAUCCUCAAGUUCCUCCGUGAAGACAAGCGGACCAUAGCGCUGGUGACACACAAGUUGCAGCACCUGACCCACGCUGACUGGAUAAUUGCGAUGAAAGAUGGGACCAUCAUUCGAGAAGGCACUCUGAAGGACUUUCAGAACCAUGACGUGGAGUUGUACGAACAAUGGAAAACCCUAAUGAACCGACAGGAUCAGGAGUUCGAAAAGGAAACUGAAGGGGAAAGCCUGACAAUUCAGGAAAGAAAAACGUUGCGGAGAGCCAUGUAUUCCCGGGAAGCCAAAGCCCAAAUGGACGAUGAAGAUGAAGAAGAGGAUGAAGGAGAUGACGAGGAAGAUAACAUGUCUACCGUGAUGAGGCUACGGACAAAAAUGCCCUGGCGAGCUUUCUGGAGAUAUCUGACCUCAGGAGGCUUCCUACUGCUCUCCUUGCUCAUUGUUUCCAAGUUAUUUAAACAUUCCGUCAUGGUGGCCAUUGACUUCACGCUAGCAAUUUGGACAUCAGCGAACAAUUCCGCCCAAACAUCAUCAAACACCACCGCCAAUGAGACUCUUCAGACCACCCAAGAUUACUACAAGAUGUGGUACAUCAUCUUGUGCAGUAUGGGAAUCAUUCUGUGCCUCAUCACGUCUCUGACAGUGGAGUGGAUGGGUCUAACAGCAGCCAAAAAUCUCCAUCGUAAUCUCUUGAACAAGAUCAUCUUAGCACCAGUGAGAUUCUUUGACUCAACGCCAGUGGGCCAAAUCCUCAAUCGUUUCUCUGCCGACACAAAUAUCAUAGACCAGCAUAUUCCACCAACACUAGAGUCCUUGACCAGAUCCACCUUCCUCUGCCUGUCGGCAAUAGGUGUCCUUUUGUGUGUCACACCGAUCUUCAUUGUGGCUUUACUGCCGUUUGGUGUCGCCUUCUACUUUAUACAGAAGUACUUCCGAGUUGCUUCAAAGGAUCUUCAGGAGCUGGAUGACGGCACCCAGUUGCCUCUGCUGUGCCAUUUUUCAGAGACCGCUGAAGGUCUCACGACUAUCCGAGCAUUCCGACAUGAAUCCAGGUUCAAACAGCAUAUGUUGGAACUCAUUGACGCCAAUAACAUUGCCUACUUGUUCCUGUCAGCUGCCAACAGAUGGCUGGAGGUUCGAACGGAUUAUCUUGGUGCCUACAUUGUUCUAACUGCAGCUUUGGCCUCCAUAGCGUAUUCUGAAUACACAAUAAUUUCAUCGGCCCAUGUAGGAUUAGGUCUGACCUAUGCUUUAACGGUUUGUAAUUACCUCAACUGGGUUGUGAGGAACCUGGCCGAUUUGGAAGUGCAGAUGGGAGCUGUGAAGAAGGUCAACAAUUUCUUGAACAUCGAGAGUGAGAAUUACGAAGGGACCAUGGACCCAUCCCAGGUCCCAGAAGACUGGCCACAGCAAGGAGAGAUAAAGAUUCAGGAUCUUUGCGUUCGAUAUGACCCAACUCUCAAACCGGUACUUAAACACGUCAAAGCCUACAUCACACCUGGCCAAAAGGUCGGGAUCUGUGGACGUACGGGUAGCGGAAAAUCGUCCCUAUCUCUGGCUUUUUUCAGAAUGGUGGAUAUAUUUGAAGGCAAAAUUGUCAUUGAUGGAAUAGACAUCAGCAAACUUCCCCUUCAUACACUGCGUUCCAGGCUUUCCAUCAUUUUACAAGAUCCUGUCUUGUUUAGUGGAUCUAUUCGCUUUAACCUGGACCCCGAGUGCAAGUGCACUGAUGACAGGCUGUGGGAGGCAUUGGAAAUUGCUCAGCUAAAGAACAUGGUUAAGUCGCUACCGGGCGGACUAAAUGCCAUGGUCACUGAGGGUGGAGAGAACUUCAGUGUUGGCCAGAGACAGCUCUUCAGUUUGGCCAGGGCCUUUGUACGAAAGAGCAGUAUUCUGAUCAUGGAUGAGGCCACAGCUUCCAUUGACAUGGCCACGGAGAGCAUUUUGCAAAAAGUGGUAAUGACAGCCUUUGCCGAUCGAACUGUGGUGACAAUCGCACAUCGCGUGCACACCAUUCUAACGGCCGACCUGGUGAUCGUGAUGAAACGGGGCAAGAUUCUUGAAUACGAUAAACCGGAAAAUCUUCUGGCCCACGAGGGAGGCAUCUUUGCAUCUUUUGUAAAAGCCGACAUGUAGAUGUGUCCGACCUCUCACAUUCCACGUUUAAAAAAAAAAUCUCUGCAACCACCGUUUAUGCUAUUUAAAAAUAAGAUAGAAUAUACCGCAGUCUUCCUGAGCUCAAAGACACAUCCCAGCACUGUGUCCAACAAGAUAAAAACUACAGCACUCUUGCCUCAGUCAGCGGCUGUUGGUGAAACUUGACACACUCCACAACCUAUGCAAACAUUAGUUUAAAACAAGUAAUUUUUCACUUCAUAAGGGGACAUAAAGUGCUGGAAUAACUCAACAUCUCCAGGCAACAUCUCCGGAGAACAUGGAUAGGUGACGUUUCGGGUCGAGGCCCUUCAAGGU